AUGUCAGCCCAGACAAUGGCGCAAGCGCGCGCAGUCGUACGCGAACUCAACGGCGUCGUCGUGAGCGCCGGGCUCAUGCAGAAGACAGUCAAAGUGCGCGUGGGUGGCCAGCAAUGGAAGCAAAAGGUUCAGAAGAUGUUCACGAAACCAACGCACUACCUAGUCCACGACCCCAACUCAUCCCUCCGCACAGGCGAUGUCGUUUCUAUCGUUCCCGGAUGGAGGACGUCACCCCACAAGCGCCACGUCGUCAAGAGCAUCAUCGCGCCCCACGGUACACCCAUCUCAGCGCGUCCACCGGUGCCGACCGAGGACGAGAGAAUUGCGGCCAAGGUUCAGAAGAGAGAAGCAAAGGUUGCCAGAAGAGAGACGCGGAGGCAGGAGAAGUCUUCAAAACCAACCCCUGAGCCCGAGGUUGACUAA